UGCUGCAAUGUGUUGUUCUUCUGCUCUCCUGCUCCCUGACUGAGACAUAAAGGUGAUGGGCAGGGAAUUCAAGGAGUGAGGAAUAAUCAUGCCUACCGUCUUUGAAAAGGAGACCAAAGUUGCAAGCAUCUUUUUGAUGGUUCAUUUAAGCAGUCAGGUCAGUGGAACCAGAGACAGCAACUGUGUUGAGGAAAUAUUGCGGGAGAUGACCCAUUCUUGGCCUCCCCCCCUCACUGCUAUCAACAUCCCUGGAAAUGUGGUGCCCGGCAAUUUCACAUUUCAUGCCAAGGAUCCGAAGCAGCACACUAUUGGGUACAACAAACAAAAGAGGUGUGAUGUUCCAGCAAAAAGCCCUCCCCAGCGCAAGCUUCAGAAAUCGAUAUUGGAGGAUGACCUGACAAUCAGCAGCGAUGAGGAUGACAAUGUCAAGGUGUCAAAGGGGUCGGUUCUUCAGGUCAUUCCCGACAGUGCUUCGAUGCAGCAGCGGUGCCGGCGGCAGCAGCAGCAGCCCAGUGGCAAGAGAUCAAGACAUUCCAGUGAAAGUUCCAGCACCUCCAGUGACUCAGACAGCAACUCCCAGUCAGACUCAGAGAGUGAAAACAGCUGCAGUGAUACCGAUGGCAGCAAACCUCUACACAGCUCUAGCCCAGAGCCAGAACAGCCCUCACCUACUAAGUGGCAGCUGAAUAAAUGGCUUAACAAGGUUAGCCCAUCCAACAAGAACACAGUCAUUAAUGAUGACAGUGGUCUCCAUGAUUUAAAUAAUGCAAACAAAUUAACUUCACAGUUCAAGUCAGACCGUCUGCAAAGUGGUGAAGACACUGUGCUGCACUUGGCCGAACUCAAGGAAAGAGAAAACCACAGCGCAAGCACAGCCGCGUUGAGGCCUAGGGUCGCGCACAAAGCCCCGCGGCCUAAAAGUGCCACACAGAAACCGUCAUCCUUCACUGAAGCCAGCCCCCAGAAGGGGCUAUUUUGUAAAAAGCAGGCAGAAAGGACAGAGACAUCUAGUGAGUAUAAACUGAACUGCUGGCUGAGAGCUGUGGAGCACAGCACAGAGAAUGAAGUUCCAGAGCCUAGCUUGGAGGUACAGCCCAAGCAAAGGCCUCACACAAACAAUUCUGGCAAAAGGAAAGAUUUAGAGGCCGAGAGGAACAGACAGAAAGGACCGGUCACAAUUGUUUCAAAAUCCAAGGAGUUUGUAACGACUGAAUCCUCCUCCACUUCAUCCUCCUCCUCUUCCUCUUCAUCUUCCUCCUCAUCUUACUCCUCAGAUUCAGACUCGGACGUGGACAGAGCUAACCCUCUCGUCGUAGCUAAAGUCCCAGCCGACUCCACCUCUCCCGCCUGCAGCCUGAGGCAGAGAGAGUGCUGGAGCGGGGGCCUGGGCAGGGUCAGGGGCUCUGGUAGAGCGCGCUCAGUAUACACCAGAGCAGCUGGACCGCUCAGCAGCAGCUUGGAGGAGCAGCUCUAUACUUUAGUGCCUUUCGGUCGCAACGAGCUGCCCUCGACCCUCAAGGAAACUGCGGAGCUCAAGUCCCUCCUAGUGAAGAUUGACCUGACGCUCCUGACCCGAGUCCCAAGAGUGGUCACUAGAGAGCUCUCUGCUUCCAAGACUGAGAGCGAGAGCAAGGAGGCCAGCAUGAGGCACGAGAAUAAAUCUGGAAACCACCCUGCAGAGACAGAGCCUGCAAAAAGCAGGAGGAAACGCAAGUGUGAAAACGGAGUAGGCAGCAAGAGGAGUCACACAGACAAAGAGUCUUCUGCAGCCUUCACCUUUUCCAAUAGCAACACAGCUUACACAGAUAUCAGCAUCCAUGACUUUCCUGAACCAUUUAGUAAAAGCGACAGGAGGCUUCUGUCCCCGCUGUCUUCAAUGUCUGACCAGUUAGAACACAGAUUGAACGGCUGUGACUUCCGCUCUUUAGACAUACUGAGGGACAGCAGUGGGUUGACUCCUGGCUCUGUCUGCAAAUACCGCAAGCAGGAGAUCAAAUCCCCCGCGCCAGAGAUGAAUAAAGUGCACCAUGCAGUUUUGGAGAACAUCCAUCUCGGCAGUAGCCAUCAAAGCCAGCGUGAGCCGUGGACUGUGCCCCAGUGGCAGAGGGAUUCCAGGAGACCUCGGCUGCACUUCGAUGAUGUCGCACACAAUGCAGAUUAUUACAUGCAGGAGGCUAAAAGGAUGAAGCAUAAAGCUGAUGCAAUGUGUGACAAGUUUGGAAAGGCAGUGAAUUACAUUGAUGCAGCACUGUCGUUCAUCGAGUGUGGGAAGGCAAUGGAAGAAGGCCCGGUUGAAGACAAAUCACCAUACACCAUGUACUCUGAAACCGCGGAGCUAAUCAGAUAUGCUAUGAGGCUGAAUAGCCACUCAGGUCCGCAUGCCAGUCAGGAAGACAAACAGCUUGCUGUGUUGUGUUUCCGUUGCUUAGCUCUUCUGUACUGGAGAAUGUUCAGAUUGAAGAAGGACCCUGCUAUAAAGUACUCCAAAGCACUCCUUGACUUCUUUAAGACCUCAGCCAGAGCGGUCAAUGUACCAUACCCAUGGAGUGGCAGUGGAAAGAGCACUGGCACGUCCUCACCGAUGUCCCCCAGCCCAUCCCCUGUCAGCUCCGUAGGGUCUCAGGGCAGCAGCUGCAGCAGCACCACUGUACCUAUGCCUUCCUCCAUGCUCAUCACCAUUCCCCAGCGCAUCCACCAGAUGGCAGCAAAUCACUUCAACAUCACCAAUAGUGUCCUGUACAGCUAUGAGUACUGGGAGGUUUCUGACAACUUAGCCAAAGAAAACAAAGAGUUCUUUAAUGACCUUAAUACAUUGAUGAGACCGCUGUCGCUGCACAGUAGUAUGACACAUCUAGUUCAGUACACCAGACAAGGACUACACUGGAUACGGAAUAGCACUCAGAUGUCCCAUUGACAGCCAGACUGGUUUUCAACUCAAAUAAGAACUUGGUCAUUCCAGGCACUGUGAUACAGACAAUAUAUUUUCCUUUCUGCAUUGAAAAUAUUCUACAAGAACACUAGUGAUGUCGCUAGAUUCCACAGCAUAUCAGGUGAAAACAAGGGUUUCACUCUGAAGUACACCUUCAUUAAAGUAUUCCAGAACCCCCUGCGGUGUUUACAGGAAAACACAUAACCUUUGCUGUAAGAUUUAUGUCCCGUGAUAUCUGAUUCAGAUUUUCAAAAGAGUUGGUAAUAUGUUUAAAUAUAAAACCCUGCAAUACAGACAAUAUGGGACACAGCAAAGGUAAUGUAAUGCAUUUCUUGUAAACUUUGCAGGGUGAUUUGGAAAGCUUAAAGUGAUAAUUCUGCAAGGUUUUUAAAUUGUUGUGUGUGUGGGGGGGAAUACAAAACCUACAACGUCAGAUCUACUGCCUUACCCAUGGAAACACCAAUGUACUUGCAGGGAGAUGCAUCUUUUAUAUUGCAGAAUACAUCAAGCAAAAGCAAUGUGAGCUAGAGACAGGUAAUUUACGUAAAAGUUUGUGCUAUACCUGACAGGUGUUUUUUUUCUCUUUUGUUCCACUCCCAUUUGUAUUUAUCAAUCUGAACAGGGCUUCUUGGCUUUUAACUCCCCUAGUCCAUAGUCUUGUUUUAUCUUAAAUACUUACAGCAACUGUGUCUAGUCAUAGCGCCAAAAUGUGUAGGAACCUGUCGAUGUAUAAAAUUUCUUUUGAAAAUAGUAUCCAUUACUUGUUAGUCAGAAAUCAUCUUUACAAAUUACAACAUAACAUAAUAAAACUCCCCAUAUAACCGUUUAAAAGGCUCAAAGCCACUUCAAUUUGGUUUAGUCAAAAUGAGAAAUGGAUGUGCGGAGCCAUCAAGUGGUGUCUGUUUAGCUUUGCAUGAUCACCAUUACUGUAGCCUGAACGUAAAUCAGAAAAAGCCCUGCAGGUCAGCUCCCAGUUUCUGAAUAUUUUUUAAUUGGACAAAGUUGCAGGUUUGUAUUUUGAAUACAUAUUAAAAUAUAAACACUGGCAGUGAGAUCAUUUUAAAUAUGUUACCUAGGUUAUGAAAAUAAACCAUGUUACAGCUGAAAACAGCAGGGAGCUACAGGACGGCAGUAGAUUGAAUAUACCCUGUGAUCUAUAAUCAAAUAUUGUAAGUGAUUACAGUAUUCUGUCCUAUAUAUUAGAUUAUCUGUCAUAUAAAGACAUAUAGAGGAUACACCAUACUGUAUGUUAGAGAGGUUUGUUUACAUGAGUGAAAUAAACACAGCACACUGUGAAAGUUCAUUGAGGAUUCUGUUCAUAUAACAAGUACAACAUCUGGAAAAGAAAGUAUGUUUAUUUGAAAUCCAAUAUCUGAGAUCUUUCCUUAGAUCAAGCUCCGCACAUCUGCAUAAUUUGGAACUGUGAUUUGCCUGGUCAUUGUAUUUUAAUGAAUGCAAGAUAGAUUCUAAAAUGAGAUCAUGUUUAAAAAAAAACAAAAAAAAAAAAACCCAAAAAAACCACACAGGAUCACCUAAUAUGAACCUGUUAUUCAAUGCUAGAUAUCUCAAUGCUCAUUGUUUACUGGGGACUCUUCAACUGAUAUAAAUGGUGGCAGAUCUAAAUAAAUACAAUCCUUUGGAUAACUAAGAGACCCGUCCUGCAAUUUUCAGUAUUUUUGCAGACAGAAAUGCAGUAAAGAGACCCACAUACUCAUUUGGACAUUUGAUUUCCAUAACCUUGGUACACAAAUGUGUAUUAUCUGAUCGCCGGUAUUUGUACAUGGAAAUUCAGCACACUGUCUUGGUUACAGAGAAUGUGGUUGAGACAUUAAACACAAUCGAUUUGUUAAGAUUCCUUUUAUAAGAUGAUAUAACUUUGGGUAAACUAAGAAUAAAAGCCUGUACUGGUUUGUGAUGCUGUAGAGUUGGGCAUUUAUGGCACAGUUGCACCCCAGCAGACCAGGUGUGAUGUGUAAAAUAUUUAAGAAAAUAUUGGCGGAUAUGACAUUUCUUGUCCAUUUAACACCAAUUAAGCAUUUGUUUCAUAAAAUAUCUGCAUAUUCCCAAAUAUUAGGGCGAUUCAUAAUUUGCACAACAUUGUCUGAGCAUCGUUAACACUGGACUCCACGUGUAUGAUGAGAUGCAAAGGAAUACUAUCUGUGACAGAGACACACUGUUUGGACACCAGAGGGUCAUUCAACAAUGUCAUUUAAGUAGAAUUUAAAUCCAUGCAAAACCCAGUAUAUUCAUCCCCUCUUCAAAAACAGACAAACUAUUUUAAUAAGCCCAUCCCUCAGACUCAGUGUACACUAAAUGUUAUCCAUUCAGUAAAUAUAAUGUGUGUAAUUCCAAGAAGCCUGCCAUACCACAGAAUAAACUAAAAAGGUAACAGAUCCAGUUCUCACCAAAUGCAUAACUUUAACAUGUGUUCAGCAAGAUUGUGAGCACUAUGGCAACAGACAUCACCUUGAAAAAUGGUAGUGUUGCCUCAUUUUGGAAAACUGGAAUAUGUACAGUAAAAGUACAAUAAUAAUAAUCAAUAAUAGCAAGCGGUGUUUUUUUUAUUUAACUAAAUUAAUAUAUAUGUGGCACUUCAUGUAGUGUUUUUCCUGAGAGUAAGCCACAUGGAGUGUAUAUUUGUGUGAAUAUUCAAGAAUGGAGAAGUAAUAUUGAGGUGAACAGUAAAUGAUGUUGUAAAAUUAUGUACAUAUCAUUACUUUUAAAGUUAUUUAUAUUAAAAAAAAAAGCUGUUUGCUUUUUGUAUAUAUUUUUGUUUCUCAUUAUGUCUUCCUGUAAUUUAACUCUUAAAGGACAUGGACUUAAAUUGUGUUUCAUUUUGGUAACUGGAGUGCAAGCCUAGCUGAGAAAAACUGAUUCUGUGUAUUUUAGGAGUGGAUAUGCCUUAUCAUUCUAUACAGUGUAAGGCAGGCACAUGUUACUUAGUCCAAUCUACCACAUGUUCUUCUGGAAAUCUGUUGUAGUAUAGUUUCUGGAACAGUAAAGCAGCCCCACUGUACAAUGUUACAAUACAGGAAGAGCCUUAAAUGAUUUCUAAGAAUAAGCACUUUUAUAAUAAACAUGUUCAUACUGUUUUUAAUGCAUUGAAAUAAAACUUCUGGAGAGAGA